AUGAAUGAGCCCAUGUUCCCGCGUCCAACCAUCGCUGCGUUAGGGGCGCCGAUCAGAAAUUGGUUCAAGCUGGGUCUCCUCCACCACGAUGAGCCACCCCGAGAAGAGUUCGUCAGGUCCACUUUUGAAGGCCUCAGAGCCUGGGCCCACAUGGCAGUCAAGGAGAUGACGUGCAUCUUCUUGCACGCCCUGCUGCGCCAGCCGUUGAUGGCGCUGCGGGGCUUGGUGCCGUUGGGAGGGGAGUUGGUCGUCGUCUGCAACGGGGGCGGUUGGACCUCGGAUACUGCGUCCUAUGCCAUGUGCCCCUUCGUCGACGAGCUGCCCUCGGUCCGCGAGUGCGGAAAGGCCCGUUCUGUGGCCGAGGGAGCCUUUUUCCUCCACGACGUCGUUGAUCGGCUGCUGUGGGAGGGGAUCGAGGCCGUCAUGGGGAACCGAAACUGGCUCGACAACGCCCCGGAGAGACCAUACAUUGCGGCGCGUCUACAAGAAAUUGUCUUACAAGAAAUUGUCUUGCGCUACAAGACAAGGGCAGAACGGGCAGCGACAAAAUCACGAGAAUCGAUUGAAUAG